AUGUCCUUCGACAGGAGGGACGGCCUAGGAGUAUACACAGCCGACCCCUAUGCUUACGACAGAGUCUUGUAUAACAACGAGAAUGCGGUCAUCAUCCAGGAUAUGUUCCCUAAGUCUUCCGUCCAUCUACUGGUUCUUCCAAAGUCGGAUCGCAACCUGUUACAUCCGUUCAAGGCGUUUGAGGACCCCCAAUUGCUCGCGGAUAUCAAAGUGGAAGUAGAAAGGGCUAAACAGAUGGUGGCAAGCGAGCUGCGGCGAAAGUACGGCCAGUUUUCCAAGUCAGAACAGGCAAGAAUCCAAGCCAGAGAUGCGGAUGACCCUCCAGAAGUCCUUCCGGAAGGCCGCGAUUGGAUGAAGGAGAUCAUUACAGGGGUUCACGCAGUGCCAUCCAUGAAUCAUCUCCAUGUCCACGUCAUGUCGAGAGACAUGGUAAACGAUUGCUUGACAAGGAGCGCUCAUUACAACAGCUUCCAGACCUCUUUCUUGGUACCACUGGAGAAAUUUCCUUUGGCAGACGAUGAUCCUGUGCGGCGAAUUGGGUACGGGCCUUGGCAUACUGUUGACCUUGUAUGUUGGCGGUGCAAAGAGAACUUUGGGAACCGAGUGACCAAGUUGAAGGCACAUUUAGCUGAAGAGCAUGAUCAAUGGAAGAGAGAAUAG